AGAAAAAGAAGAUAAAUUUCCCAUGGGAAGAAAUGAUUUCGAGCCACGGGUUAGUAUCGUUCAAGGAUGUGGCUGUGGAUUUCACCCAGGAGGAGUGGCAGCAACUGGACCCUGCUCAGAGGACCCUGUACAGGGACGUGAUGCUGGAGAACUACAGCCACCUGGUCUCAAUGGGGCAUCCAGUUUCCAAACCAGACGUCAUCUCCAAGUUGGAACAAGGAGAAGAUCCAUGGAUCAUAAAGAGAGACAUAUCAAAUUGGCUUUUUACAGACAGGAAGCAUAACCUUGACAACCCCCAACCAUGUAUUUUGGGGUCUUUUUCCUUCCAUAAUAAGACACUGAAAGGUGUCACAAAGGAUGGGUCAUUGUACUCCAUUUUAAAAGUAUGUCCAGGUGAUGGCCAACUGCAGCGAUGUCCAGAAAACCAAGACAGACUUUUCCGUCAAGUUACAGUUAUCAAUAACAAAACAGGGACUGUGGAGUCAGGCCAUAAAUGUGAUGCAUUGGGGGAAAUUUUUCAAGAGUUCAUAGAGCCAGAUACCUCAAGACAAAGACCCCAUAACUAUGAUGCAUUUAAAAAGUACUUGAAAUCUAAUGUUGACCUACCUAGUUGUAAUAAGACUAGUUCAAGAAAAAGCCCUGAGGAGAGUUUUGGAUGUGGAAAAUCAUUUAGCCAUGAUGUGUCUAGUUCUAAUCUUGAGAAAAUUCAAAAUGGAGUAAUACCCCGUGAUGAUAAUCAAUGUAGAAACAUUUUCAGCAAUAAACGACCCCUUAUUCAGUAUAAGAAUGCUGAAACUAAAGAGAAGACCUGCAUAUGUAUUACAUGUGGAAAAGGCUUUGCUAAGAAGUUACAGCUUAUUGUACAUCAACGAAUUCAUAGUGGAGAGAAACCUUAUGAUUGCAGUGCGUGUGGGAAAGCCUUCAGUGAGAAGUUUCAUCUCAUUGUACAUCAGAGAACUCAUACUGGAGAGAAACCUUAUGAAUGUUCUGAAUGUAGAAAAGCCUUCUCUCAAAAAUCAUCCCUCAUUAUACACCAGCGAGUUCACACUGGGGAAAAACCGUAUGCAUGUAGCGACUGUGGGAAAGCCUUCUCCCAGAAGUCACCUCUCAUUAUACAUCAGAGAAUUCACACAGGAGAGAAACCUUAUGAGUGCAGAGAGUGUGGUAAGGCCUUUUCCCAGAAGUCACAACUGAUUAUACAUCACAGGACUCACACUGGAGAGAAGCCAUACGAGUGCACUGAAUGCGGGAAAGCCUUCUGUGAGAAGUCCCACCUCAUUAUACACAAAAGAAUUCACACUGGAGAGAAACCCUACAAAUGUGCUCAAUGUGCAGAAGCCUUCAGCAGGAAGACAGAACUCAUCACACAUCAGUUAGUUCAUACUGGGGAGAAACCUUACGAAUGUAGUGAAUGUGGGAAGACCUUUUCCCGGAAGUCACAGCUCAUCAUACAUCAGAGAACACAUACUGGAGAGAAACCCUACAAAUGCAGUGAGUGUGGAAAGGCCUUCUGUCAGAAAUCACAUCUCAUUGGACAUCAGAGGAUUCACACAGGGGAAAAACCUUAUAUAUGCACUGAAUGCGGGAAAGCCUUCUCUCAGAAGUCCCACCUCCCAGGGCAUCGGCGCAUUCAUACAGGAGAGAAGCCUUACAUAUGUGCUGAGUGUGGAAAGGCCUUUUCCCAGAAGUCAGACCUUGUUUUACAUCAGAGAAUUCAUACCGGGGAAAGACCCUAUCGUUGUGCUACUUGUGGGAAAGGCUUCAUCCAGAAGUCCCAACUCACCGUACACCAGAGAAUUCACAACAGCGUGAAAGCUGUAAUGGACUGAGCACAGAGAAGCCUUCAGUGUUAGUUCAAGCCUUAAUAAAUACUA